AUGGUGGCCAAACAGCGGAUCCGGAUGGCUAACGAAAAGCACAGCAAAAACAUCACACAGAGAGGGAACGUAGCCAAAACCCUGAGGCCCCAAGAGGAGAAAUAUCCUGUAGGACCAUGGCUACUGGCACUGUUUGUUUUUGUUGUCUGUGGAUCAGCUAUCUUUCAGAUCAUUCAGAGUAUAAGGAUGGGCAUGUGAGGAGCUGCGUAGAUUUGACAUUGCCUUUAUCAUCCAACAUGGUGGACCAGAUACAAUUUUAGCCUGACAUAAAUGUGAAGAGCUCUUAUCUGAGAGUACCUGUGUGUUUCCUCUUGAAUGGGGCAGACCAAAUUACCUGUUGACCUGUCAUAUCGGUUGCGUAUGUGUUUUAACUGCCACAGCAGAAAAGGACAUUUUGCUUUUCUAUUGACUUAAUGAGUUAACCACAUUGGUUAGCUGUCAGUGCUGUUCAGUUGAUUUAUUUCUUCUUUUACCUGAUGUAUUUAUGAGUGAUCAUGUGAGUGCCUGU